AUGACCACACCACCCUUCACCCGUCCCCGUCGCCUCCUGCCCCUCUUCCUGGGGCUUUUCCAGGGUGCCCUGCUCCUCUUCUUCACCCUCUUCGUCACCUACGAUGAGUCCUUGGCACAGGCAGAGGAUGCCAACUUGGUGGCCAACCAGGUCUACAGCAUCUUCCCCUUCCUCCAGGACAUACAGGUGAUGCUGGUGGUGGGACUGGGGCUCCUGCUGACCUUUCUGCCCCGCUACGGAUUCAGCGCCCUCACCCACAACUUCCUCCUGCUCAACUUCUCCAUGCAAUGGGCACUGGUGCUGCAGGGCUUACUCCAUCACUUCCACCAUGGCCAAGUCCACCUGGACCUCCGUAACCUCCUUGUCUCUGAGUUCGCCGCUGUGACGGUGCUCAUCUCUGUGGGAGCCAUCCUGGGGAGGAUCAGCCCCUGCCAGAUGCUUGUCAUGGCCACCUGUGAAAUCUCUGUCUACCUCGCCAGUGAGUGGGUCAUUGUCACCUGUCUGGGCGUCCUGGAUGUGGGAGGCACCAUCACGAUCCACGUCUUCUCCUGCUAUUUCGGCCUCGGUGUGUCCAAGGGUCUGUUCAGGGCAGCACAGCCACCGCUGCAUCCCAAGGAGACCCCAACACCCCGCUCUGACCUCAUGUCCCUGGUGGGGAUGCUCAUCCUCUGGGUUUUCUGGCCCAGCUUUGUGGCUGUCCUCUGCCAACCAGGUGAUGCCCAGCACCGUGCCAUCCUGAACACCCUCCUGGCCAUGAGUGCCAGCGCUGUAACCACCGUAGUGGUCUCCAGCCUGCUGGAGAGGGAUGGCAAGAUCAGCCUUGGCCACCUGCAGAAUGGUAGCCUGGCCGGCGGGGUGGCCAUCGGCGUGGUGGCUGACAUGGCCAUGCCACCACUGUCCCCUGUUGGGGGCAAUGCCACCGAGGUGGUUGGGGCAGAGUGGGGGGACGGUGGGGGGAGCAGGCAGGCACUGUGGCAGGUGGCAGGGCUGGCAGUGGCCAUUGGUGUCUCACUGCUUGCCGGGCUGCUCACCGGUACCGCGCUCCGGCUGCCCUGCCUGGCCCAGCCACCCCAGCAGCUCUGCUUUGAUGACUCCCUGUAUUUUAAGAUCCAGGAUCAGGCCGAGGGCCAGGCUGAGUUCCUGGGGCCAGGCAGCACCACUGAGGAAGAAAGCCUGGCUCUGAAGGAGCAUGUUUAG